GGACCGGAAGUGCCCGAACUGGGCGGCAGAGUGAUCCGUUUCAGUCACCCUUCACCCUGGGGAGGGUCGGCGGGAGGCUGCGGCAGCCGGGCGACUGCGGUCGGGUGAGGCUGGGGCCGGACGGGGACCGCCCCCUUGGGGCCUGGGAACCGCGGCUGCACUGCUCCAGUCCCGGCAUUCCGCGCCUUCGAGCGUUGGCUCCGCCCGGGUGCCACCCUGAGCACCUGGGUCCGCCACCACCCACGGACCAUGUUCCUGGUGCGCCUGACUUCUCAGCUGCUGAGGGCUGUUCCUCGGGCAGUUCGCAGUCGGCCCUGGCCCGUCCCAGGGGUGCUAGGCGGACGUGCCUGCAGGCCCUGCUACAGCACACAGCCAGCCGGCCCAAGUGGAGUUGUCUCCAUCGCUGGCAAGGGGCUCCAGCUGGAGCUUGAGGAGAUGCUGGUCCCCAGGAAGAUGUCCAUCAGUCCUCUGGAGAGCUGGCUGACCGCCCACUACCUCCUACCGAGACUAGAUGCCGGGGCCCCAGGGACCGUGGCACCAUCCCAACUCUAUGAGUGUCCACCUAGCCAAGUGGGGGAAGGGGCUGAGCAGGGGAUGGAGGAAGUCUGGGAUGUGCCCCGGAUGCAGUGCAAAAACGUGCUGAAGAUUCGCCGACGGAAGAUGAAUCAUCACAAAUACCGUAAACUGGUCAAGAGGACCCGGUUCCUGCGGCGGAAGGUCCGGGAAGGACGCCUGAAACGCAAACAGAUCAAGUUUGAGAGAGACCUGAGGCGCAUCUGGCUGAAGGCAGGGCUGAAGGAAGCCCCUGCAGGCUGGCAGACCCCCAAGAUCUACCUGAAGGGCAAAUGAGUCCAGUGCUCCUCUGCCCCGCCGCGGUUGCUGCUGCUGACCCACUGUAAUAAACAUUCAGGACCUUAGCUGUCCCCGGGUGACCUGG